AUGGCGAAACAUGGAGAAGCUGGCAAAUUCGUGACGGUCUUACCCAUCUCAGAGAAAGGCACGAGCCAUGCCCAGAUCCGGAGUCAUUCCGGGAUACCGCUACCGAAGCGGCCCGCAAGCGCUCCUAAUGUCACAGUGCUCGAGGUCAAAAACACAGCGGGACCAUUCAAUGGAACCAUGGCUAGCGAGGUUCUUGACCACGCGACCAUUUACCGCUUACCCGGGGAGCGCCUCGGAAUGGCUCUGAAGUUCGUCGGAGGCACGAACGCUGGGGACACCGUUUCGAAAGUUUUUAUUCAGAGCAUCAAUCCGGAGAGCCCGGCGUCACGCGCACAGAGCAAAUUCGCUCCCAUAAGGGAAGGCGACGAGAUUCUGAAGAUUGGCGAGCGCGAGGUAACUUCAAUGACCAGAUUGGAUUGCGUGACCUUGUUGCGAGACGCGCCCGUGUGCAUCAAUCUCGUCAUUCGCCACAUGGGGGGCUACAUACAACUUCCUGUCGAGCCCCCGACGGCGACCGACACAGCUCGCAACAAGAGGGAACCUCCCCCAAUACCCCCACGGAAAACUUCCGCGGAGUCACCCCCUAUCCUUGUUAUGAAACCUUUCCAAUAUGAUGUCAUCACAGCUCUACAGCGCACGAAGUGCCCUAACGACCAGUAUAUCAUGCUAUCAACUUACAGUAAAUCUCCGUCAACGAAGAGCCUGGAUCGAAUAGGCAACGGCUCGAUCGUACGGCCUUCGAUUCCACCGCCUCUACCUCCGCGAAAGGUAUCGAAAGAGGAUACUACGAAUCAGUCUUCACCGGUUGAGGUCAGAUCGCAGAGUGUGCCUCCGCCGCCUCCGCCGCGCAAGGACGAUCACAAGCUCAAUCAGCAGCGGACGACAUAUUCUGCGGACGAGCCAGAUGGUGCACGGACUGUUCUCCAGCGAACACGGAGUGCGCCUUCGUCGGAGGAGAGACCACGGUUUCUGAGGCCUGCGGAAGCCGAAGCGUAUACGGAUCUCUUCGCCGACGAUGAUGAUAAUUACGUCGACGAGUCAGACGAUACGGCUUCAUCGGUAUCGACCGUGAUCGAUAGGUUGCACAGUCGGUCGUCUACUGCGAAUUCGAGCUUUUCUGAACACGCCUAUGGUUACGAUAGACCGCCUCUUCCGCGUUUCGAGCUGGAAAGAGCGAUGCAUCCGCUGAUGGAGAUGGAGCAGAAAAUGCCUGAAGUUCCUCCACGUCCGAGCGUGCAGAAGCUCCAAGCUGAGGACACCGAGCUCAGUGAGACUCCGGAUCCACAACCGGCGGCGGAGAUAUCCGAGGUAGCACAGGAAAAGAUAUCGGAGCGUUCCGUUGAAGCAUCGAAGAGUGUCUCCGCGACAGCCGUUGGGACCGAAGAUCCGAAGUGCCAAAUAAUAGCUGCCAAAUGCCAGAGUCCGCUGCUCGAUGGAGAAUCCAAGCGAGCUCGGAAAAUCAUUGUUGAGCCGUAA